AUGUCUCCAACUCUGCUGGACAUGGCUCAAAUUUUUAGAUUCAGGCCCCAUGGAAGGCCUGUUGAUGUUGUUGGUGACUAUCACAGAAGGAAGAAUCAGGAAAAAUUGGCAAAGCCUUUCACUGUCUCGCCUGCCACAAUCAACCAGAACUGCUCAUUCUCAAAUUAUAAAAAGAAUCUGCACACUACUACUCUAGAGAAUCCCCUGAACCUGUCUACUUCUGGUGCAUUCUGGAUGAUCCAGAUCUGGCUGCAAGUGUACUUCCCAGAACUAAGGUUUCCAGACAUCGUUCUGCUUGAAGACCAAGUUCUAGCUCUUCCUUUGAUGUCGGCAGAAGUGCCCAAGCGUUCUACUGAAGAGUAUCUAAUGUUCUUCAGGCACUGCAACAAGAGAUCUGCUGCUCAUUGGCAAGUGGUGAUUAGAAGAAUGCAUCCUUGGUUCCAGCCUGGACACAGGCUGUUUGAGCAAGAACCAGAAAAAGAAAUAGCCAGAACUGACUUCAGGAAGAAGUUCCUGAGUGUGACACUGGCCCUGGACCUGCCUUUUGGAGGUGGGAAGCCUCCCAACUAUCGUGGGUGCAGAAGUAUAUCAUCCUAA